CACACACAUCAACGACAGCAGCAAUCAUGCCAAGGCGAUCAACGCAGGAGUGGAUCCGGUUAUCCUUGCGCACCCCGGGCAUCCUGAUCUUCGGGAUGGUUUUUGCUCCCUGUGGCUGGAUCUUGAACCUCACCGCCACCGUGGCCCCUAACUGGAGGACCCUCCAUAACCUCCCCGACCUUCCGGCAGAUACCUUCAUCCAGCAAGGCAUCUGGGAGAUCUGCAGGGCCAACUCGAUCGACACAAGAGCAGACUGCACCUUGGAGGACACAAGAUAUUUCGGUAACCAGGUUAUCGAGGUCGCCCAGGGUUUGAUGGUGGCCUCCCUCAUCGUGACCCUAAUCGGGCUGGCCGUAGCCAUCCCGGGGGUGCGCUGCUGGAGAGACAGGCCUAACUGGGUUGUGGCCGGUCUGGGUGGACUGCUGAUCUUCCUCUCAGGUGUCAUGGUCAUCAUACCCAUCGCCUGGUACACCCACAUCCUCAAAGAAGUCACAACGGUGAGCGAUACCACAGAUGUGCGCGUCGGCUACUGCAUCAUCCUGGGCUACAUCGGCGGGAUCUUUGAAAUCAUUGGCGGCUUCGUCAUGUUCAUCGGGAUCUGUCGUUGCUGUGGAGGAAAGAACCGAGGUGAGACGCGGAUUGAGGAGGUCACGGGCGCCCGGUUCUCUAACCAGAAGCGGCCGACGAGACGAGUUGAAGUGCCGAGCCUGAACCGGGCCAGGAGUGCCGCCAGCAGCAUUCCGUACUCCAAGGACUCCAUGGAUGAAGAUGUGUCCUUUCCCCGGGCCAAGAGCCCCGCAGUCCCGUCCAUCAACACCUCCUACGGCGGCAGACCCUAUGAUGUCGAUUUAUGAGAAGAGGAAAACGACUAAGAGAUGGAUAUGACUAUUUGUACAAGAGACUGAGAGUGUGAAAUAUUCUAGGAAGAAGCAAUGGUG